AAUUUCCACCUCUCCCUUCUAUAUAAAUGCAUGCAAUUGAGUUACACUUAUCAUCCACUCUUCAGUAAACUAAGAAAGAGAGAACAUAAAGAUGGUGUCUUCUAAAGUAUCGUACAUGCUUGUCUCUGUCCUUCUUCUCCUUCUUGUGUUUCCCGAUAUGGAUAAAGCCCUUGGUGAACAAAUUCAUUUCCGCAACCGCAACCGCAAACUUAAAGAGACUGAGCAUCAUGAUCGAGCGACGACAGACCAAAGUCUCGCUAGGCUUCCUUUUCCUAAAAAGUGGUUUCCAACGCCGGUGGCAAAUUGCAAUGCCGCAUGUUUGAAGAGGUGGAAAAAGGCCCAUGGCCUUUUGAACGCUAUACCUCCACCACCUUCAAGGUUUUCCAAAGGCAAAAACAUAUGAUUCCACAAUUUCUAGAUGAAUGAAUAUAUAUAUAUAUAUAUUUUUUCACAAGUUGUCACCAUAAAUGUAAUUCUGAAAAUUUCUCGCAAAAUAAAGGAUAUUAUGCCGCUUGUGUUGAUGGUAUGAUAUGUUGUCACAAGUUUUUUUUUUUUUUAAGUUGGUAAUCAUGUUAAAGUGUUGUUACAAGUUUUAAGCUCUUGUAGAAAUGUGUUAUUUUAAUUUUCUUAUAAAUUAUGUAAUCGCUUUGCUGCAUCUCCGAGAUAUGUAGUAGUGUGAGUUAAACAUAUCAACUGCGAAAAAUUUACUUAACACAUAGUAUGAUGUAUAACAGACUCGCUCGUUG